AUGGCCGGGCGCUGCUGCUGCUCGUCUCGCGGGGUGCUCCGCGCCGCCACCUCCGUCGCCGUCGUCCCGAGGCGUCCGCGCUCUGCCCCGGUGGCGGCUCCGGCUCCGGCCGCCCCGGAGCAGGAGGCCGUCCCCGCGGACGCUGUGCCCCCGCACGGGACGCACCUCCGCCAGCGCCCGGCGCCGCCGCUGCCCCAGCCGCGGGCGGUGAACUUCUCGGAUGCGCGGGAGGCUUUCCGGAGCAAGAGCAGCGGCGAGCUCCUGCGCGGGCUGCUGGUGCUCCGCCUCUGCGCCCUGGAGCCGCUGGUGCAGCGCGCCGAGCAGCUGAUGCACCUCAGCCAGAAGCUGCUGGGCCAGUGGCUCUUUGAGAAGCUGAUGAAGCUGACCUUCUAUGGGCAGUUUGUGGCUGGAGAAGACCAGGAAGCCAUCAAGCCACUCAUCCGGCACAACCGUGCCUACGGCGUGGGCUCCGUGCUGGACUACAGUGUGGAGGAGGACCUGACCAGUGAGGAGGCCAAGAAGAAGGAACUAGACUCCUGCGUCUCUGCCUUUGAGAAGGAGACAGUCUUUUCACGGCACAGAGAGAAGCGCUACAGCGUCCAUCACAAGUUUGGGGAUCGGCGGGAUGGCGUCACUGGCGCCCGAACCUACUUCUACGCCGAUGAAGCCAAAUGCGACCGGCACAUGGAGACGUUCGUGAAAUGCAUUGAGGCCUCAGGUGAGCAGCCUUCAGGGGCCCCCAAGGUCUGAUCUACCAAUGCCCAUCCAAGGUUCCUGCUGCAGUUCUCAGAGGUGCUGGUGAAAUGGAGAAGCUUCUUCCACCAACUGGCUGCUGAGCAGGGCAAGGUGGGCCUGGCAGCCCUGGAAACCAAACUGGAGGUAGAGAAGCUGCAGGAGGCCCUGGCCAACCUGGGGAUUGCCACCAAAGCGGAAAGCCAGCAGUGGUUCGCGGGUGAGAAAUUGGGCCUGACAGGAACGGUGGACUUGCUGGAUUGGAACAGUUUGAUCGAUGCCCGGAUUCAAAUCUCCAAACUUCUGCUUGUUCCAAACCUGAAGACAGGCCAGCUUGAGCCGCUCCUGUCUCGCUUCACCCAGGAAGAGGAGAGGCAGAUGAAGCGUAUGUUGCAGCGCAUGGAUGUCCUGGCCAAGAAAGCUGUCGGGGUGGGUGUGAGGUUGAUGGUGGACGCAGAGCAGACCUACUUCCAGCCGGCCAUCAGCCGCCUCACCCUGGAGAUGCAGCGCCGAUUCAACCAGGAGAGACCAGCCAUCUUCAACACGUACCAGUGCUACCUGAAGCUGAACCAGACAGGUGGCAGUCAAGCUGGGUUCCCCGUGUAUAAGUACGUCCCCUACGGCCCCGUGAAGGAGGUCCUGCCUUACCUGUCCAGGAGAGCCCAGGAGAAUCGGGGCCUGCUGGUGCGAGCAGAGGAGGAGCAGCAACUACUCUGGACUGAGCUGAAGAGGCGCAUGUUUGCGGGGGCCCUCUUCAACGCACCCAGCCCCCCGUAA